AAUAUUGAAUUUAUAUUUGUCUAUGACACAGUGUUAAUUGUUUUGUCGUUUAAAAAUACUCUAAAUGAGAUAAUUGUUGUCUAAAGUUAUUGAAGUGUCCAUCAGAGGUCACCAGCUUAUGGUACACCGCCAUUAUGAAUCCUUUGAUUUAUUAUCAUUUUCCGAGUUAAUUUUCAUGAAGGAGCUCAUGAGUUCGUGACAUGACAAAAUUAGAAUGUUCGAACAUACGUGUACUUUUGAAAUAAAAUGAAAUCAAUUGUUAGUCAUUUAGUUAGUUAUAAUUGGAGUGUCUGUAAGAAAAGUUAACGUUGACUAUUCCACUGAUAGCAAUGGAAUUUCCCAAUUUAGGUGAACAUUGCACUGAAAAAACGUGCAAUCGAUUGGAUUUUCUGCCACUGAAAUGUGAUGCUUGUGAAUCAAUCUUUUGUACCGAUCACAUAUCUUAUUCAGGACAUUCAUGUCCAAGUGCUUAUAAAAAAGACGUCCAAGUUCCAGUGUGUCCAUUAUGUAACGUUCCAAUUUCAUUAAAACGGGGAGAUCCUCCAGACUUAGCUGUUGGACUUCAUAUGGAUAAUGAUUGUCAGUCAGAUAAAGCAAAGAAAAAAGUAUUCACCAAUAAAUGCUCAAGUAAAGGCUGUAAAAUCAAAGAAAUAGUUCGAGUAGAUUGUAAUGAAUGUGGGAAGAAUUAUUGUCUAAAACAUCGUCAUCCUGCUGAUCAUCAUUGCGUUGGCCGGGAAGAGGCUGUGAGAUUGAAAAGAUUAGAAGCAAUACAAAGACAAACUUCAUCAAGUCAUGGGUCUCGAAGGAAUAUUAAUCAAAAUUCACAAGCUUUUCGUAAUAUUCAAGGAUCUAUGAGUGAAGAUGAAGCUCUAGCUAGAGCUCUUCAAGCUUCCCUACAAGAUGAAGAAUUACAUCGUCGGCAACAAUUGCAACCAGUGCCUUCCCAAAGUCGUGACAGGUGCAUGCUCUCAUAAACUUUUAGCUAUUGCAAGAAUCUUUGCUUAUUUUUAUAACGAUAACUUUUUCAUCUAAUGUCAAAGUGAAAAUUUCAUAUGUGUUAGAUGCUAAUCAAAAGGCUGCAAUCUGUCUGUCUCAGAUAGAUAUAAAAAAAUACAACGAAGGAAAUCCAAUCAAACAGUGGUUUUUUCAUGAAGUAUGAUUAUAAAAAUUAAAGAUUUAAUUCGAUCUUUAAGUAGUGUAAAAAUUUCGACCAAAUAUUUUUAAUAUUAAGUUUGUUUACAGUUCCCAUUAUAGACUUUGGCGAUUAAAUAUAUCAAUUAAUCAAUAACAAAGUUAGAUAUCACAAAAAUUUUGAAAUUAACAAAUAAAACCUUUUGUAUAAAACGAAAAAUUUUUUAACAAUUACUUUAACGCAAUUCUCAAAAAUACCACUGUGUCUUCAUGAUAAAUUUGUAUUAAUUAAACGGCAAUGAUAUACGCCCCAGAUUGGGGAUGCAUACAUGUUUACUCUGCUUUAAGAGAUAGUAAAAAAUUUUAUGAUUAAUAUUUAAAUAAAUUUUAGGUAGGAAAUUUUUUAAUUUAAUAUCAAUACUAUUUAGGAUUUUUCCAGAAUUCAUCGCCGAUACUAGAGCUUUUUUAAAAUUUACAUAAACUUGAGAUAUCCAUUAUAAAUAUUCAAAAAUUUUCUAUAUUUCCAUUCUGUAUAUUAUCAAUUCACUAAAUAUAAUAAUUAUUAAUUUUUUAUUA